ACAGAAUCGUUUCCUGUACUUGGUAUGCAUCUGGUCAGGCAGAGACAGUAUGUUAAGCCAUGAUUUUCUGCGGUUUAAUGCAGUAGCACUAGCAACUGUCUUGGUUGGCGCUGUUACUCAAGCUGAAUGCUUCAAUUUCAGUUAUCCAAUUUUCAAACCACAAAAAGGAGAUGAUUUGACGUUCUUCGGAGAUUCAUAUAUUGCUUCUGACACCAUCCAGCUAACACAUAAUGUUUUAAAUAAUGGAGGAUGUGGCUGGGUCUUUUAUAGAAGGCCUUUGAAGUUGUGGAGCACAGGCAGAGGCACAUUACCUUUUAAUUCCACCUUUGUGAUCAAUAUCACUCCCCUCACAUAUCCAGGGGGUGAAGGCCUGGCUUUUAUCUUAACCGGGCAUCCGGAUAUUCCAGCCAACAGCGUAGGAAAAUGGCUUGGGAUUAUAAGCGAGAAUACAAUGGGAUCAAGUACAAGGGGAGCUGUGGCAGUAGAAUUUGACACCAGGAAGAGCUACCCAGAGGACUUGGAUGAUAACCACGUCAGCCUGGAUCUGAAUAGCAUCUACUCAAGAAAACAAGAGAGUUUAAGUGUCAAUCUUUCAAGUGGUAUCGAUAUAAAGGUGAAGGUUCAAUAUGAUGGGCAAGGCUUGAGCAUUUUUGUUGGGGAAAACAGGAGCGUUCCUGUAAUUUUCGAGUCACUUAAUCUCUACGACUAUCUACCUCAGAAGAUUUAUGUAGGAUUCUCAGCUUCAACUGGAGUUUAUGCACAGAUCAAUUCUGUGAAGUCAUGGGAAUUCAGUGGGUUGGAAGCUGCCACAGAAAACUUCAAUUCUCAUAACUUGCUUGGCAGAGGUGGAUUUGGGACCGUCUAUAAAGGAGUCUUGGUAAAUAGGGAGGUAGCUGUGAAAAGAUUUUCAAGGAAUUCACAUGAGGGCAAGCGAGAUUUUAUGGCAGAAAUCACAACAAUCAGCAACCUCCAUCACAGAAAUCUUGUGAAAUUAUUGGGAUGGUGCCAUGAGAGAGAUGAACUGCUUCUGGUGUAUGAGUUCAUACCAAAUAAGAGCCUAGACAAGCUCGUAUUUUGCAAUCAGAAUCAUGGAGUAGAAACUAACCCAGUUACUCUGAAUUGGGAAAGGAGGCAUGGUGUCAUUUAUGGGGUGGCACAGGCACUGGACUGCCUUCAUAAUGGAUGUGAGAAGAGGGUGCUUCACGGAGACACAAAGGCAAGCAAUGUAAUGCUGGACUCAGAGUUCAACGCCCGAUUGGGGGAUUUUGGACUGGCUCGAAUCAUCAAUCCUAGUGACCAAACUCACCAUUCCACCAAAGCAAUUGCAGGAACACCUGGCUACAUGGCUCCAGAAAGUUUUCUUAUUGGGAGGGCAACAGUUCAAACAGAUGUUUACGCAUUUGGUGUCCUGGUACUUGAAGUUGUCUGUGGAAGAAAACCUGGAAGACAAAGCAUGCAGAACAAUUAUAACAGCAGCAUUGUGGAUUGGGUAUGGGAAAAUUACAGGGGAGGGAGCAUUCUGGAUGUGGUAGAUUUGCAAUUGAAUGGGGUUUUCAGCAAGGAGCAAGCUGAAUGUGUAUUGGUUUUGGCACUGGCUAGUUGCCAUCCAAAUCCAUACCAGAGGCCAUCCAUGAGAACUGCCUUGAGGGUUCUUGCCGGAGAGGUUGCUCCACCAGUUAUCCCCAUGGACAGACCUGCUUUUGUGUGGCCACCUGCAAUGCCUCCGUCUCUCAACGAGGAUUUGGAGGACUACCCUUUCAGUAGAGACCAAAAUACUCCAUCUUCACAACUGAUUGGGAGAUAAAAAAAUCAGGAUAAAAUCUGGGUCAGGAGGCAUCCAUCUUCUAUAUAUCAAAGAUGACGGAGGUCGAACUUCCGCUGAGUUUGCUAGGAUUGAAG